AUGUCUAAUUUCUUCUUAUUAGUUACUUUUGGCUUACAUCAAAUAUUUUCAACAUCAACAGCAUUUAUUGAUGCGAGUUGUGGCGUUGUACCGAUCUGGAUAUGGGGCUGCGAGUCAACACGGCGUACAGUUCUAUUAGAUUUGCCAGUGAAGAUUGUAGUUAUACAGCACACGGUGUCACCGCCAUGUAACAAUGAUCACGCAUGUGAAAGCAGCUUGAAAAGUAUAAGAGAUUACCAUAUUAAUCAUUUGAAUUUCACCGAUAUCGGUCCAUCAUUCUUAAUCGGGGGCAACGGUAAGGUGUAUGAAGGUGCAGGUUGGAAGCACGUCGGGGCUCACACGCGCGGGUACAAUGAUAAAGCCAUUGCUGUGUCUUUCAUAGGGGACUUUUCGUAUGAUCUCCCAACACCCGAAGCUUUGCAGGCUGCUGAAGAUCUGCUAUCAUGUGGUGUUAAGAAUUACUAUUUAACACCAAACUACCGCAUUGUAGGUCACAGACAGUUGUCCGCGACCGAUAGUCCGGGAGACAAGUUGCAGGAACAUAUCAGCACGUGGUCACAUUGGACGUACGCAUUGUAAUAAUAUCAUUACGAAAAGCCAGUAGCCUAAUGGUUAAGAUUACGGAUUUAUGACUAAGCGGUUUAAGGUUCCA